AUGCUUUCAUACGCGCCAUACUGUGCAUCUAUAACUGCCUGGUUAACAUGUUUUCCACUUUGUUUGUUUCUCUCCCUCCCACUCUCACUCUCACUCACCCCUCUCCUCUCCCCUCCCCCCCUCCUCUCCUCUCCCCUCCCCUCCCCCCCUCUCCCCCCUCUCCUCCCCCCCUCACCCCCCCUCUCCCUCCUCCCCCCCCCCCCUCACCCCCCUCCCCCUCCCCUCUCCUCUCCCUCCCCUCUCUCCCCCCCUCUCCUCUCCCUCCCCCCUCUCCUCUCCCCCCCUCCCACUCCCUCCCCUCCCCCCCUCCCCCCCCUCUCCCCCUCUCCUCCUCCCCUCCCCCUCUCACUCUCCUCCCCUCCCCCUCCCCCCCUCCCUCCCCUCUCCUCCCCUCCCUCCUCACCCCCCUCUUUUUCCUCCCCCCCCAUUUGUUUCAACACUCCGAUCGCGCGUACGUCUCUCUCUGUCUUUCUUUCUCUCUGUCUUUCUUUCUCUCUGUCUUUCUUUCUCUCUGUCUUUCUUUCUCUCUCUGUCUUUCUUUCUCUCUCUGUCUUUCUUUCUCUCUCUGUCUUUCUUUCUCUCUCUGUCUUUCUUUCUCUCUCUGUCUGUCUUUCUCUCUCUGUCUGUCUUUCUUUGUCUGUCUGUCUUUCUUUGUCUGUCUGUCUUUCUUUGUCUGUCUGUCUUUCUUUGUCUGUCUCUGUCUUUCUUUGUCUGUCUCUGUCUUUCUUUGUCUGUCUCUGUCUUUCUUUGUCUGUCUCUGUCUUUCUUUGUCUGUCUCUGUCUUUCUUUGUCUGUCUCUGUCUUUCUUUGUCUGUCUCUGUCUUUCUUUCUGUCUUUGUCUUUCUUUCUUUUCUUUGUCUUUCUUUGUUGUCUUUUCUUUUUCUUUCUUUCUUUCUUUGUCUUUCUUUCUUUCUUUCUUUCUUUCUUUGUCUUUCUUUCUUUCUUUCUUUUCUCUUUCUUUCUUUCUUUUGUCUCUUUCUUUCUUUCUUUUGUUUUUCUUUCUUUCUUUGUCUGUCUUUCUUUCUUUCUUUGUCUGUCUUUCUUUCUUUCUUUCUUUGUCUGUCUUUCUUUCUUUCUUUCUUUGUCUUUCUUUCUUUCUUUCUUUCUUUGUCUUUCUUUCUUUCUUUGUCUUUCUUUGUCUUUCUUUGUCUUUCUUUGUCUUUCUUUGUCUUUCUUUGUCUUUCUUUGUCUUUCUUUGUCUUUCUUUGUCUUUCUUUGUCUUUCUUUUUUCUUUUCUUUCUUUUUCUUUGUCUUUCUUUGUCUUUCUUUCUUUCUUUGUCUUUCUUUGUCUUUCUUUCUUUCUUUGUCUUUCUUUGUCUUUCUUUCUUUCUUUGUCUUUCUUUGUCUUUCUUUCUUUCUUUGUCUUUCUUUGUCUUUCUUUGUCUUUCUUUCUUUCUUUGUCUUUCUUUGUCUUUCUUUCUUUCUUUGUCUUUCUUUCUUUCUUUGUCUUUCUUUCUUUCUUUCUUUCUUUCUUUCUUUGUCUUUCUUUCUUUCUUUGUCUUCUUUCUUUCUUUCUUUCUUUGUCUUUCUUUCUUUGUCUUUCUUUCUUUCUUUUGUCUUUCUUUCUUUUCUUUCUUUCUUUCUUGUCUUUCUUUCUUUCUUUGUCUUUCUUUGUCUUUCUUUCUGUCUUUCUUUCUUUCUUUCUUUGUCUUUCUUUGUCUUUCUUUCUUUGUCUUUCUUUCUGUCUUUCUUUCUUUCUUUGUCUUUCUUUCUUUCUUUCUGUGUCUUUCUUUCUUUCUUUGUCUGUCUCUUUCUUUCUUUGUCUGUCUCUUUCUUUCUUUGUCUGUCUCUUUCUUUCUUUUGUCUCUGUCUUUCUUUCUUUGUCUGUCUCUGUCUUUCUUUCUUUGUCUGUCUCUGUCUUUCUUUCUUUGUCUGUCUCUGUCUUUCUUUCUGUCUCUGUCUUUCUUUCUUUCUCUGUCUUUCUUUCUUUGUCUGUCUUUCUUUCUUUGUCUGUCUUUCUUUCUUUGUCUGUCUUUCUUUCUUUGUCUGUCUUUCUUUCUUUGUCUGUCUUUCUUUCUUUGUCUGUCUUUCUUUCUUUGUCUGUCUUUCUUUCUUUGUCUGUCUUUCUUUCUUUGUCUGUCUUUCUUUCUUUGUCUUCUUUUCUUUCUCUGUCUUUUUUUUCUUUGUCUGUCUUUUUCUUUCUUUGUCUGUCUUUUCUUUCUUUCUUUCUUUCUUUCUUCUUUCUUUCUUUCUUUUGUUUGUCUUUUUUCUCUUUUUCUUUCUUUGUCUGUCUUUCUUUCUUUCUUUGUCUUUCUUUCUUUCUGUCUUUCUUUUUCUUUGUCUGUCUUUCUUUUCUUUCUUUGUCUUUUUUCUUUCUUUCUUUCUUUGUCUUUCUUUCUUUGUCUUUCUUUCUGUCUUUCUUUCUUUCUUUGUCUUUCUUUCUUUCUUUGUCUUUCUUUUCUUUGUCUUUCUUUCUUUCUUUGUCUUUCUUUCUUUCUUUGUCUUUCUUUCUUUCUUUGUCUUUCUUUCUUUCUUUGUCUUUCUUUCUUGUGUCUUUCUUUCUUUCUUUUUCUUUGUCUGUCUUUCUUUCUUUCUUUGUCUUUCUUUGUCUUUCUUUCUUUCUCUUUCUUUCUUUUCUUUCUUUUUCUUUCUUUCUUUCUUUCUUUUUCUUUCUUUCUUUCUUUCUUUUUCUUUCUUUCUUUCUUUUUUUUUUCUUUCUUUUUCUUUCUUUCUCUUUCUUUCUUUCUUUCUUUCUUUCUUUCUUUUUUCUUUUUCUUUCUUUCUUUGUCUUUCUUUCUUUUUUUUUUCUUUCUUUUUUCUUUGUUUUUCUUUCUUUUUCUUUCUUUCUUUCUUUCUUUGUCUUUGUUUGUCUUUCUUUCUUUUUCUCUUUCUUUCUUUUUGUCUUUCUUUUUCUUUCUUUCUUUCUUUUUCUUCUUUGUCUUUCUUUCUUCUGUCUCUUUCUUUCUUGUCUUUCUUUUCUUUGUCUUUCUUUGUCUUUCUUUCUCUCUUUCUUUCUUUGUCUUCUUUCUUUCUUUUCGCUUUUUUCUUUCUUUCUUUCUCUUUCUUUCUUUCUUUUUUUCUUUUUCUUUCUUUCUUUUCUUUCUUUGUCUUUCUUUGUUUCUUUCUUUCUUUCUUUCUUUCUUUCUUUCUUUCUUUUUUCUUUCUUUCUUUUGUCUUUUCUUUCUUCUUUCUUUGUCUUUCUUUCUUUUUGUCUUUUUUCUUUGUCUGUCUGUCUUUUUCUUUCUUUUUUUUCUGUCUUUCUUUCUUUCUUUGUCUCUUUCUUUCUUUCUUUCUUCUGUCUUUCUUUUUUUCUUUCUUUCUUUGUCUCUUUGUCUGUCUUUCUUUCUUUGUCUCUCUUUCUUUCUUUGUCUUUCUCUGUCUUUCUUUCUUUGUCUUCUCUGUCUUUCUUUCUUUCUCUGUCUUUCUUUCUUUCUUUGUCUUCUCUCUUUGUCUUUCUUUGUCUGUCUCUGUCUUUCUUUGUCUGUCUUUGUCUUUCUUUUUCUUUGUCUUUCUUUCUCUGUCUUUCUUUGUCUUUCUUUCUUUCUUUCUUUCUCUUCUUUCUUUCUUUGUCUUUCUUUCUUUUCUUUGUCUUUCUUUCUUUCUUUGUCUUUCUUUCUUUCUUUCUUCUUUUUCUUUCUUUGUCUGUCUUUCUUUCUUUGUCUUUCUUUCUUUCUUUGUCUUUCUUUCUUUCUUUGUCUUUCUUUCUUUCUUUCUUUCUUUCUCUUUCUUUCUUUCUUUCUUUGUCUUUCUUUCUUUCUUUCUUUGUCUUUCUUUCUCUGUCUGUCUUUCUUUUCUUUGUUUCUUUGUCUGUCUUUCUUUCUUUCUUUCUUUGUCUUUCUUUCUUUCUCUGUCUUUCUUUCUUGUCUUUUUGUCUUUCUUUCUUUGUCUGUCUUUCUUUCUUUUUUCUCUUUCUCUUUCUUUCUUUGCUUUCUUUCUUUCUUUCUUCUUUCUUUUUCUUUCUUUCUUUGUCUUUCUUUGUUUUUUCUUUCUUCUUUCUUUCUUUCUUUCUUUUGUCUUUCUUUCUUUCUUUCUUUCUUUCUUUCUGUCUUUCUUUUCUUUGUCUGUCUUUCUUUCUUUCUUUCUUUUUUCUUUUAUUUUUUUCUUUUCUUUGUUGUCUUUCUUUCGCUGUCUUUCUUUCUUUCUUUCUCUUUCUUUGUCUUUCUUUCUUUCUUUCUUUCUUUGUCUUUCUUUGUCUUUCUUUCUUUCUUUUGUCUUUUUUUUUUUUUCUUUGUCUUUCUUUUUUUCUUUCUUUCUUUCUUUCUUUCUUUGUCUUUUUCUUUCUUUCUUUCUUUGUCUUUCUUUCUUUGUUCUUUCUUUCUUUCUUUUCUUUCUUUGUCUUUCUUUGUCUUUCUUUUUUCUUUCUUUCUUUUCUUUCUUUUGUCUUUCUUUGUCUUUCUUUCUUUCUUUGUCUUUCUUUUUAUUUUCUUUCUUUUUCUUUCUUUCUUUGUCUUUCUUUCUUUUUUCUCUUUCUUUCUUUCUUUGUCUUUCUUUCUUUUCUUUUGUCUGUCUUUUCUUUCUUUUGUCUUUCUUUCUUUCUUUGUCUUUCUUUCUUUCUUUUUCUUUUCUUUCUUUUCUUUCUUUCUUUUCUUUCUUUGUCUUUCUUCUGUCUUUCUUUCUUUCUUUGUCUUUCUUUUUUUCUUUUGUCUUUGUCUUUCUUUGUCUGUCUUUUUCUUUUUUCUUUGUCUUUCUUUUCUUUCUUUCUUUGUCUUUCUUUCUUUCUUUCUUUUGUCUUUCUUUUCUUUCUUUGUCUUUCUUUCUUUCUUUCUUUUUCUUUUCUUUCUUUCUUUCUUUGUUUCUUUUCUUUCUUUGUCUUUCUUUCUUUCUUUGUCUUUUCUUUCUUUCUUUCUUUGUCUUUCUUUGUCUUUCUUUCUUUUUUUGUCUUUUUUUCUUUCUUUGUUUGUCUUUCUUUCUUUCUCUUUCUUUUUCUUUUCUUUCUUUCUUUCUUUCUUUCUUUCUUUGUCUUUCUUUCUUUCUUUUCUUUGUCUUUCUUUCUUUCUUUCUUUCUUUUUCUUUCUUUCUUUCUUUCUUUUUCUUUGUCUUGUCUUUCUUUGUCUUUCUUUCUUUCUUUCUCUUUCUUUCUUUCUUUCUCUUUCUUUCUUUGUCUUUCUUUCUUUCUUUCUUUGUCUUUCUUUCUUUUCUUUCUUUUUUUUCUUUCUUUCUUUCUUUGUCUUUCUUUGUCUUUCUUUCUUUCUUUCUUUUUUCUUUGUUUCUUUCUUUCUUUCUUUUUUCUUUCUUUCUUUGUUUUCUUUCUCUGUCUUUCUUUUUUCUCUUUCUUUCUUUUUUUGUCUUUCUUUCUUUUUGUCUUUCUUUCUUUCUUUUUCUUUGUCUUUCUUUCUUUCUUUCUUUGUCUGUCUUUUUCUUUUCUUUCUUUGUCUUUCUUUCUUUGUCUUUCUCUUUCUUUCUUUGUCUGUCUGUCUUUCUUUCUUUCUUUCUUUGUCUCUUUCUUUUUCUUUGUCUGUCUUUCUUUCUUUCUUUGUCUGUCUUUGUCUUUCUUUCUGUCUUUCUUUCUUUUCUUUGUCUUUCUUUGUCUUUCUUCUGUCUGUCUUUUUUCUUUCUUUUCUUUCUUUGUCUGUCUUUCUUUCUUUCUUUCUUUCUUUGUUUCUUUUCUUUCUUUUUUUCUUUCUUUGUUUCUUUCUUUGUCUUCUUCUUCUUUCUUUCUUUUGUCUUUCUUUCUUUCUGUCUUUCUUUCUUUCUUUUCUUUCUUUCUUUGUCUUUCUUUCUUUCUUUUCUUUCUUUCUUUCUUUGUCUUUCUUUCUUUCUUUUUUCUUUCUCUUUCUUUCUUUCUUUGUCUUUUUUCUUUGUCUUUUUCUUUCUUUCUUUCUUUUUUCUUUGUCUUUUCUUUGUCUUUCUUUGUCUUUCUUUUCUUUCUUUGUCUUUCUUUGUCUUUGUCUUUCUUUGUUUUUUUUUUUUCUUUCUUCUUUUCUUUCUUUCUUUGUCUUUUUUCUUUCUUUCUUUCUUUCUUUCUUUGUCUUUCUUUCUUUCUCUUUCUUUUUCUUUCUGUCUUUCUUUCUUUGUCUUUCUUUCUUUCUUUCUUUUCUUUCUUUUCUUUCUUUUUUCUUUCUUUCUUUUCUUUCUUUCUUUCUUUCUUCUCUUUUUUUCUUUCUUUCUUGUCUUUCUUUGUCUUUCUUUCUUUCUUUGUCUGUCUCUUUCUUUCUUUGUCUUUCUUUCUUUCUUUCUUUUGUCUUUCUUUUUUGUCUUUUCUCUUUCUUUCUUUCUUUCUUUGUCUUUCUCUGUCUUUCUUUGUCUUUCUUUCUUUCUUUCUUUUUUCUUGUCUCUUUCUUUCUUUUCUUUCUGUCUUUCUUUCUCUUUCUUUCUUUCUUUGUCUUUCUUUCUUUCUUUGUCUUUCUUUCUUUCUUUCUUUGUCUUUCUUUCUUUCUUUCUUUGUCUUUCUUUCUUUCUUUCUUUGUCUUUCUUUCUUUCUUUCUUUGUCUUUCUUUCUUUCUUUUUCUUUGUCUUUCUUUGUCUUUCUUUCUUUCUUUGUUUCUUUCUUUCGCUGUCUUUCUUUCUUUGUCUGUCUUUCUUUGUCUUUCUUUGUCUGUCUUUCUCUGUCUUUCUUUGUUGUCUUUCUCUGUCUUUCUUUCUUUCUUUGUCUUUCUUUCUUUGUCUUUCUCUUUCUUUCUUUCUUUGUCUGUCUUUCUUUCUUUGGACUUUUUCUUUCUUUGUCUGUCUUUCUUUCUUUGUCUGUCUCUUCUUUCUUUCUCUUUCUGUCUUUCUUUGUCUGUCUGUCUUUCUUUGUCUUUCUUUGUCUGUCUUUCUUUCUUUUCUGUUUGUCUUUCUUUGUCUUUCUUUGUCUUUCUCUCUCUAUCUUUUUUCUUUGUCUGUCUCUCUCUUUUCUCUUUCUUUGUUUGUCUCUCUGUCUUUCUUUGUCUGACUCUCUCUCUCUUUCUUUCUCUCUCUCUUUCUCUCUCUUUCUUUUUCUCUCUCUCUUUCUCUCUCUGUCUGUUUCUCUCUCUGUCUGUUUCUCUCUCUGUCUGUUUCUCUCUCUGUCUGUUUCUCUCUCUGUCUUUUUCUCUCUCUCUCUCUCUUUUCUCUCUCUCUCUCUCUCUCUCUCUCUUUCUCUCUCUCUCUCUCUUUUUCUCUCUCUCUGCUAUAAUUUUGUUUUUUUUAAACACCAUCCGCCCCUUUUUUUCUUUACCUUCUUUCACACAUAUUUUUUUAAUUCUUUUUCUUUUAUGUUUACAUUAUUUUACAAUAUAUUUCCAUAAGUUUCUUUAUUGUCUUUUCUUACCUUCUUUUUUACCUUUUUUUUUCCAUCUUUUUUCCUUUUCUUUUCUUUUUUUUAUCUUUUUUCUUUCCUUUUUUCUUUUCUUUUCCUUUAUCUUUUCUUUCCUUUAUCUUUUCUUUCCUUUAUCUUUUCUUUCCUUUAUCUUUUCUUUCCUUUAUCUUUUCUUUCCUUUAUCUUUUCUUUCCUUUAUCUUUUCUUUCCUUUAUCUUUUCUUUCCUUUAUCUUUUUCUUUCCUUUAUCUUUUUUCUUUCCUUUUUUCUUUUCUUUUUCUUUAUCUUUUCUUUCCUUUAUCUUUUCUUUCCUUUAUCUUUUCUUUCCUUUAUCUUUUUUCUUUCCUUUAUCUUUUCUUUUUUCUUUAUCUUUUUCUUUCCUUUAUCUUUUCUUUCCUUUAUCUUUUUCUUUUUUCUUUUCUUUUCUUUUCUUUAUCUUUUUUUUCUUUUCUUUACCUUCUUUUCUUUCCUUUAUCUUUUCUUUCCUUUAUCUUUUCUUUCCUUUAUCUUUUCUUUCCUUUAUCUUUUCUUUCCUUUAUCUUUUCUUUCCUUUAUCUUUUCUUUCCUUUAUCUUUUCUUUCCUUUAUCUUUUCUUCUCGAUUUUGUUUUCUACUUUAA